UUUCCCAGUUGAUGUCAAUAAAACUGAUUUUUUGACAAAAUUGAAUUCAUGAAUUUUCCUAAUUAUCUAUUUAUGUAUCACAUAUGUAUCAUACAUGUAUCAUAAAUGUUAAACUAACAAAUUAAAAGUACUCAACGGCCCAAACUCCUCUUUCACAUAAUAAAAUCAUUUAUGAAAACAACUAAUUUGCGCCGAAAUGCAGCACAUGGUCCAUUGAAAUCAUUCUGACUUGCCAGUUGCAUAUCCCCUACCGUCAGUACACCAACCCCAGGUGCGCAGGCUCUGUAUCGACCUGAAUCCACCCCUCUCGUGUGACUGAAAUCUCUCGUGCCCAUCCUGGAGGCAUCCCAUAAGCUCAAGGCAAAUAACGACAUAGAAAAAAAAAAUCCCGGCAGUUAAUCUGGAACUAUCUGCCACUCUCCUCCACCUACACACCCCCCCCCCCCCACCCGCAGCAUUAAUAAAUAAUAGUGAAUCGAUUCUGUACCCAACAAAAUGACAAUGGGGUGGGGGCCGUUUCCCGCCGUUGGUGAGUACUCUCACCGCGCCGUCAGUUUUUCAACAUAAAGACAAACCGACGAAAGCGUACCCUUAAUUUCAGAAGUGGGGGAUGUGAAUGUGAAUGGGAAUUAGGCAGAGUGGGAGAAGUAAUGAACUGGUCAGUCCAAGUGUAUACCAUCUUCAGUGUGAUACCGAACGUCGCCACGAGCUACUGCAUUGUGAUAUGAUCAUUGACAACUGGUGAAAGGAUUGACAAUUUGAUGAUUUACAUGGGAAUCUGAGUGAUUUUAAAUCGUCGUAAAAAAGAUUGUUUACCAGAGGGAGGGAUAAAAGUGAGAAGAAUCGCGUUGACAUAUAAUUGAUUGAACCAUAAAUAAUCAAUGAAGGCGGACACUAAUAAUGUAUAUUUCAAGACGAAUUCUACCCCCAAUAAUGCAGUUCUCUUGCCACUUGAUGAGCACGAAAGGCCGCCCUCCAGGACGCUACAGGUAACGUGCGGACCGAGGGGUAGUCCGAUGACAACAAUAGUCCACCAACCUGGGAAUUCUGAGGGAAUUACCGGGAUCCCCAGAGCUUCUUCCGUCAUAAGGCGUCGACGAAGACCUACUAAUCGUCAACAACUACUCGGGAUUCUUGCUGUUAUCCUACUCGCUACUAUUCUAUUUACACUUUUGCUACUGACGUUGAAUCACAGACGGCAGUGUAUCCUAAACGCCCGACCAAACGUUUGUCUCACUGAAGAAUGUAUCAAGACAGCUGCGAGUCUAUUGUCAGCGAUGGACAAAACCGCUCCACCAUGCGUAGAUUUUUUCCAGUACGCCUGUGGCACAUGGAAUCACAUGCACGUCAUACCCGAGGACAGAAGUUCCCAGAAUCCCUUCGAAGUUCUCUCAGAUCAGCUGAAAAUAAUCCUCAAACGUGUCCUCGAAGAGCCACCCAAUGUCAAGGACAGUAGUGCUACCUUCAAGGCUAAGCAGUUUUACAGAUCUUGUAUGGACAUACCUCAAAUCAGGAAGGUUGGAGACGCUCCUCUCAAGAAGAUCCUGAAGCAGCUGGGAGGAUGGCCAGUGAUCGAAGGGCCAAAUUGGAAGUUUCCCCAGCAGAGCAUUGAAAUUCUCCUCGGGCGUAUUCGCGCUGACUUCAACGAGGGAGCACUUGUGGAGCCCUGGGUCGGUCCUGAUGAUAAAAAUUCCUCGAGCAACAUCCUCCAGUUAGAUCAAAUGCAAUUGGCAUUACCCAGUCGUGACUACUACUUGAACUCCAGUAGUGAACGAGAGCUACGUGCGUACCAUAAUUAUAUGACAAGUGUAUCAGUACUCCUGGGUGCUGAGCCGGAAAGAGCUCAUACCGAAUUCGAGUAUGUGAUUGCCCUCGAGAAGGAAUUGGCUAAUGCAUCAAUGCCAGAAGCUGACAGGCACGACACAUCACUGAUAUAUCAGAAAUUAACUCUGAGAGAAUUGCAGAAUAAAAUUCCCCAGCUCAAGUGGAGACUGUAUUUGCAGCAAUUUUUUAAUGCAUCGUCUAUCACCGAUGAUGAGGCAGUUGUGUCUUAUGCCAUGCCAUAUUUCGUGGAGAUGGGAAGGAUAAUUGAAAAAACCGAUCGAAGAAUUCUUCAUAAUUAUGUACUCUGGCGUCUAGUCAUGUCAAUAAUGCCGCACAUGAUCGACGAGUACCAGCAGAAACGCGUGGAAUUCCGUAAGAUUCUGUCAGGUAUUUUGAGUGAACGGAACCGCUGGUCGCAAUGUGUCGAGUGGACCAACAAAAAAUUGGGAAUGGCGGUAGGAGCAUUGUUUAUCCGAGAUAAUUUCAAUCACGAGAGCAAAAAAACUGCCCUUGAGAUGAUUCACACAAUCAGAGAGGCUUUCAACGAACUUCUAGCUGAGAAUCAUUGGAUGGAUGAGGAGACAAGAGCAGUUGCCAAGAGCAAAGCGGACUCUAUGAAUGAGAGAAUUGGAUAUCCUGAUUUUUUGAGGAAUUCGACUGAACUUUCGAAUGAGUACAUGAUGCUAAAUAUCACUGACGGUCACUUUAUCGAGAAUGUUUUCGCGGUGUUGAAAUAUGACGCACAUCACAAUCUUCAGAAACUUCGACAGCCAGUGGAUAAGGACAAGUGGUCAACAGAACCAGCGGUGGUGAAUGCUUUCUAUCAUCCGAAUAAAAAUGAUAUUGUAUUUCCAGCUGGUAUUCUCCAGCCCAUAUUCUACUCCCAACAUUUUCCAAAGUCACUCAACUACGGUGGAAUUGGAGUUGUCAUCGGUCAUGAAAUUACACAUGGUUUUGAUGACAAAGGUCGACAAUUCGACAAAGAUGGUAAUAUGAUGCAGUGGUGGAAUAAUGCAACCAUCAAAGCUUUCAGGGAACGUGCACAGUGCAUUGUUGAUCAGUAUUCACGUUACAAACUGAAGGGCGUUAAUUUGUACGUCGAUGGACGGAUGACACAGGGGGAGAAUAUCGCUGAUAAUGGAGGGCUCAAACAGUCAUUUCGAGCGUAUAGAAAAUGGGUGUCAACGCACGGUGAAGAACCUCUUCUCCCCGGGCUGAACUUGACCCACAACCAACUAUUUUUCCUGAAUUAUGCGCAGAUAUGGUGCGGGUCAAUGACCCCCGAGGAUGCAUUAACGAAAAUUCGCAGUAGUGUACACUCGCCGGGACCAUUUAGGGUCCUUGGCCCUUUAUCAAACAGUGAAGACUUCGCUAGGGCAUACAAUUGUCCUCCGGGAUCUCCCAUGAACCCAAUCCACAAGUGCAGUGUCUGGUAACCAUACUCCACCGACCCGAAACCAGGGAAUAGUCGAAUACAUAGAAAAUAAUACAAAAAAUAA